UCUGGUAUGUGCGUGCUGUAUAGUAACGUUGAGUAGAGUUUAAAAGAUUUAUGGUGUUUCUCGAACGAUUUCGCAACAAAUGCAACUACCAAAUGGAUGCAUUGCGUGAAAUUUGAAUAGAGAAGUUCAAACGUUUCAAGAUAUACAGAACAUUUGGCCGGAUAAACAGCUUUUUGUCGGUGGUGUUAAGAGUUGUUCACUUUUAGAAAUUGUAGGUUAGAAUUAUUGUCAGGGCUUCAACACAAUUUUAUCGCAGAAUGAAUAAUAAGAAAUCGACAGAUUCAUUUUACAAACCAAUGGCCGAAUCAAACAAACCUGAUGAUGGGAAAAGGAAUCAUCCGAGCGCCCAUCAUCAAAACGUGAGAAACAACGUCUCGGAUACCAUAGUUCGACAAAUUUCGUCACAUUCGUCAUUAUCAAGCCAUUCUUCACCAUUGUCCAAACGCGGUGUAAUUGAUGCCCAAACAUACAUCGAUGCUCAAAGCAAUGGCCUCACGCAGCGAAUCGUUCGUUAUGAAGAGGAAAAUAAGAAGACACCCAGUGUGUUCAAUCGUGCCUACAAACGGGCGGGUGAUUUUCCAAUUGUUCAUCUUGAUAAGCCGAAAUUGGUGCUGACACCCAGACGCAACAUUGCCAAUCCACCGAAAAUGGCUAAAAUUGGUCAACCAGAUCCGUACAGUAAUCGAACGAAUAUUCGUGCAGAAAUACUACGGAAUGGGACGAUGAUGCCGUCGGUUUCGCUCGAUCGGCGCGAAGAUGUGGAUAAUGUACUGGUCGAUCCGUUGGAUGCUUUGAAGGAAAUUUCUAGGAAACGGAUCCACUGUGAGGAUACCAUGAAUACGAACCAGCCAACAAUAGAAAAGGAUGCGACUGAUUCGAAUCAAAGUCCAACUACCAAUAAUUCCAAGCGCCAACGAAUAGCCCCAGUCAAUUCGCCUAGCUCCAUAGAAACCAGCAAACGGGCUACCUGGAAAUGCAACGAAAUUUUUAGCUCGCUCAGCUCCAGUGCUCACAUGCCCUCCAAUUCCUCAAAGCGAGCGACAACCACGUCACGACGUAAUUCAAUUUCACCACCGCAAGCAAAGCGGCUUCAAACGGAUAAACCAAUCGAAACGCCAAUUAUCGACACAGCCUCGGUCGAAGUGCCGAAGCCGGUUGAAAAACUCGUACCAGAAGUUGCAGAGAAAACUUAUCCAACCGAACCAACUCGGCCAAAAUUAACGCUCUUCAAUCGACCUUCUUCUGCUGCAACGGUUCGACGAGCCAUUCAAAGUGACGAAUGUAACAUUUCGUUUGUGAAACCGAGGCCUAUGACAGCACGAUACAGAGAAAAUGUGGACAAUUGGCUUAAAGGAAAACCGGAUGACAAGAGGCGAUUGGCGUUGAUGUUGAAAUGUUUAAGUGGAGAAGUGGACGACGACAGUGAUACAGUGGAUAGCGAGGAAAAGGUUAACGAAUUGCCAAAACCAACGAAUCCCAUCGCGGAAGACAGUUCCACCAAACCAUUAAACCAAGAUGUAACUGAGAAGAAUGCUGUUGCAUCAGUUACUUCCACUACUCAGGCUGACAUCAUUUCUAAAAGCUCAACGUUGCUGCCUGCAAAACCAGCCGUUAGCUUUAAUCCAAUCUCAACUACGAUAGCUCCAUUAUUACCGCCAGCGCCAGCCGUACAAACAUUAGCAACAAACGUACAACCGACAGCAACGAGCGUACAACCGCCAGCAACAAUCGUACAACCAGCUACAAUCGUACCAGCGCCAGUAACAGUUGCACAAGCAGCUACUACUGUUGAAGAAAGAAAAGGCGGAUUUUCCUUUCCACUUGCUACAACAGGAAGUGUUUCAAUGGUAACGGCUGUAGUAUCAUCAACACCACCAACAAUUCCAUCGUCUUCACCGUUGGUAUUAGCUACACCAGCCUCUACUACGAAAGAUCCUGCUACGUUGAAUCCAAGUGUCUCAUUCACCUUUCAUCCGUCCAAAUCAAAUGAAACUGCUACCUCAACUGUAGUGACAGCCGUUGAGCCAACAAAAACGUUUACAUUUGGCGCUGCAACGAACACGAAAAAUGCACCCGUAUUCGGAACUCCUGCUCCACCUGCUGAAACAACGAAACUGACGACGAGUUCAACACUAGAGGAGCCGAAACAAACACCUUCUUUUGCUGCAUUUGGUCAAGCCACCGCAGGAAGUAUCAAUUUCGGUAAGAACUUGGUGACUUCCUCAGCCGCACCAACAUUUGCUUUUGGAUCUUCAUCCAAUACGUUCAACAAAGCUCAGCCCCCAACAUUCGGAUCAGUACAAACAACGACACAGCAAUCGACACCCAGCGACCAAACCACCCAAUCGAUCAAGCCUUUGACUUUCUCAACGAAUGGGCAGACUUCAUCGUUCGGAAAUACCUUGUCAAGCACAACAGCAUCGAAUGCACAAAAACAAACCGAUCCGAGGAUUUCUAAUAUCGCCACCACUGCUGCAUCAAAUCAAGCGAUAAAUUCUGCAUCUGCAAUUGGAUCGAGCUCAUUCGUUUUCGGAGCGACAACGAACUCGUCGGCAACAAUUAAAACUACGCAGCCUACGCUACCAUCUGCGUCUAGUUUCGGAAAGCCAGUCAAUGCGACACCGAAUAUCUUUGGAUCGUUAGCACCGCAGCAACAAAGCUCAACAUCAAUUUUUGGAGCAACUGCAACCACAACCACAAGCUUGUUCGGUCAAACACCGAAAGUGGAUUCGAUGAAAAGUACAGUGCCAGACAAAAAUGUCGGGGCACCAAAUAUUUUCGGUUCUACGUCAGCCGCUAAGCCAGCAUCAACUUUCAAUUUUUCCGCAACCAACCAGCCCAGCACAAACAAUAUUUUUGGUAGCCAAGCAUUAGCUAAUACUGGUACCGGAAAUACCUUCGGCUUCGGAGGAUCUAACCAAAAGUCCGAUUCUUCAUUAACUGGUCCGAGUUCAUUUACUUUCAGUAGCAACAACACCGAAACGAAGCCCGUGGCAUUCGGAGCAACCAAAAGUGUGGCGCCAACAUUUGGAUCUGCGAUUGAUUCAAGCAAAUCAGUUGGUUUUCCAGCGACUAAUCAGACAAGUUCCACCAAUUUAUUUACCAACACAUCUACCAAUGAAAUGCCAAAGGUAUUCUCGUUCGGAGCAACUAACAAUCCUUCAAGCACGAAUGCGCCGGCAUCAUUCAGUGGAACUAAUUCAACGUUCGGUACAUCAACGGCAUUCGGUGCAGGUGCUCCAGCUUUCGGUAGUACAAAGGCUACUCCAUCGUUUGCAACAAGUGCCACACCAGCAUUCGGCAGUGCCAGUUCCACUCCAUCUUUCGGCAAUUCAAAUGCAGCACCAGCUUUCGGCAGCACUAACUCAACUCCAUCGUUCGGAAGUGCAAACGCAACGCAAGUUUUCGGCAGUUCCAAUGCUACUCCAUCUUUUGCAACUGCUAACGCUACUCCAGCCUUCGGUAGUUCUAACGCCACACCGUCUUUCGCAACUGCUAACGCUCCUUCAGCCUUCGGUAGUUCUAACGCUACACCAUCUUUCGCAACUGCUAACGCACCUUCAGCCUUUGGUAGUUCUAACGCCACACCGUCGUUCGCAACUGCUAACGCUCCUUCAGCCUUUGGUAACUCUAACGUCACUCCAUCUUUUGGCAGUGCUGUAGCGUUCGGUGCAAGUAACGCUAAGCCGACUUUCGGUGGAACCGAUUUCACUGCUAACAGUGGUGCAACUAGUUUCGGCUCAAAUUCGAACGGUGGUAGCAGCUCAGUUUUUGGAGGAAAUGCGACUCCUGCAUUUACUACAAGUACCGGUUCAGCUGACGCUAAUCGGACGUUUAAUUUUACUGGAAGUGAUCCGGCACCGUCGCCGGUUCCAAAUUUAUUUAACAUUGGACCGGGCAAUUCCGCACCGAGAGGAAGAACUAUACGUGCGGCUACAAGGAGAAAUUAUCGUUAAGUUGGCAACGCGUAAUUUAUUGUUUUAUUGUUGUUCUUGGUGGUGUAAAUUUCAAUUUCAUCGAUGAUUUAAACGUCGAUGGUGACCUUAGUUCGGUUAUAUACUCAAUCCAUUUUUUUUUGUUUAUACAUUUUUUGUACAUUAAACAUGUUGUUUUACUUGC